GCACAAGCAACUGGAGGGCAUCUUAGUGGUCUCUCAGCAGUUCCACGAGACUCUGGAGCCCCUGAGUGAGUGGGCUGCAGCCACAGAGAAACAUUUAAUCAACUCUGAGCCAAUCGGCACUGAGACAUCCAAGUUAGAGGAUCAGAUCUCCCAUCAUAAGGCCUUAGAGGAGGAGAUUAUGAACCACAGUAAAGACCUGUUUCAGGCCGUCAGUCUGGGCCAAAUGCUCAAAGCGGUGAGCUCGGUGGAGGACAAGGAGUUUGUUCAGUCCAAACUGGACUCCGCUCAGGCCGGUUACAUAGAGCUCCAGGAGCGAUGCCGGAGGAAAGCCGACAUGCUGCAGCAAGCGCUGGCGAAUGCCCAGCUGUUCGGAGAGGACCAAGUAGCCCUCAUGAAUUGGCUGAAUGAGGUGCACUCCAGGCUGGGUGACGUUUCGUUGGAGGACUACAAAACAGAUGUUCUUGACAAACAGCUGACAGAGCAGCGGACACUACAAAGUGAUAUUGAAUCAAAGAAAAAGAACGUUGAUCAGGCCAUUUCAAAUGGGAUGGAGCUGCUGAAACAAACAACAGGUGAUGAGGUUGUAAUCAUCCAAGGCAAACUGGAUGGGAUAAAAACAAAGUACGCAGAGAUAAAUUCGAUGAGUGCAAAUGUUUUGAAGACCCUGGAGCGAGUGUUGAGUCUCUCCAACAAGAUGCAGGACACUCAUAAGAACCUGAGCUCCUGGUUAGAAAAAGCGGAGGUGGAGAUAAAAAUGUUUGCUGACCAGGAGCCGGCCGACAAGCAGCUGAUUCAUUCACAGAACAGGCAGAAAGCCUUACUAAAAGAAACUAAAGAACAAAAGCCUGUGUUAGACAAGCUGAAUGAACUGAGCAGCUCACUCCUGGAUCUGAUCCCGUGGCACACCAGAGAGAGUUUGGACAAGCUGGUGACGGAUGAUAACGAGCGGUACCGAGCUGUCUGUGACACCAUCGCUCAGCGGGUUGACCGGAUCAACGCUGACAUUCUCAAAUCGCAGCAGUUUGAGCAGGCUGCAGACACUGAACUCUCAUGGCUAGCUGAGGCGGAGAGGAAGUUACUGUCAAUGGGUGACAUCAGGUUGGAGCAGGACCAAACCACAGCCCAGCUGCAAGCACAGAAGAUUUUCUCCAUGGACAUCAUGAAACAUAAAGACAUUGUGGAUGAGAUUGUGAAAACAGGAAAAACCAUCAUGAGCACCAAAAACUCUGAAGAGAAGGAAGCUUUGAAGGCCAAGACCCAAACGCUCGUGGAGAAGUAUGGUGUCGUCAGUCAUCUGAACUCGGAGCGCUGUCUGCAGCUGGAGCGAGCCCAGUCUCUGGCCACGCAGUUCUGGGAGACCCACGAGGAGAUGUGGCCGUGGCUGCUGGAAACUGUGAGCACCUUCAGCCAGCUGCCCCCGCCUGCCAUCGAGUAUGAAACACUCAAGCAGCAACAGGAAGAGCUCAGGCAAAUGCGAGAGCUGAUUGCUGAGCACAAGCCUCACAUCGAUAAGAUGAACAAGACAGGGCCGCAGUUACUUGAAUUAAGCCCGGUGGAGGGAGCCCCCAUCAGAGAGAAAUACACAGCCUCUGACCAGCUCUACACCAAACUCAAGGCUGAUGUCACACAGAGAGCUGCCACUUUGGAUGAAGCCAUCUCCAAAUCCACACAGUUCCAUGAUAAAAUCGAACCCAUGCUGGAGUCUUUGGAACGUAUCGCUGAACGCCUGCGCCAGCCUCCAUCCAUCUCGGUGGAGGUGGACAAAAUCAAGGAGCAGAUCCUUGAAAACAAGGCCAUGUCUGUGGAUCUGGAGAAACUGCAGCCCUCUUAUGAGACACUGAAACAGCGAGGUGAAGAGAUGAUCGCCCGAUCUGAAGGCGCAGAUAAGGACAUAUCUGCCAAAGCUGUGCAAGACAAACUGGACCACAUGGUUUUCCUGUGGAAUGACAUCCAGGCCUUGUUGGAAGAGCGCGAGGCAAAGUUGCUGGAUGUGAUGGACCUGGCAGACAAGUUCUGGUGCGAUCACUGUGCCCUCAUUGUCACCAUUAAAGACAGCCAGGACCUGCUGAGGGAGCUGGAGGAGCCCGGAGUCGACCCUUCUGUUGUCAAGCAGCAGCAGGAAUUUGUGGAGGUGAACUGA